GACAACCCCUCUGUGCUGGGAACCACUCUUAACCUUCCACACACAUCGUCCAAUCCGGCCCUUUUAGACCCUCCCUUUCAAUUCUCCCUCCUUGGGGACAAGACUGCUCAUGAGGGCACCUGCAUGAUAGGAAGGGUUUCACUUGACUCUCUCCUCUGUUCCUGGGUUGCCAGCAGUUUUUACCCUCUCACACACUGCCCAGUCUCCUGCUGUAGCCCAGAGAGAGACCAAUGCAAUAAGUCAGCCGUUCUCCCAGAAUAUUUAUUAUCCAUGGUAUUCGCCUGCAUUCAGGACACAGUGGCCAAGUAUUCCAGGGCACGGCACCCCCAUGAGCUACCCCAGCAAUGGGGCAGUCUUUGGGAACAUGCUCACCAGCCCUGGUGGAAUCCCUGCCUUCAAAUUCCAGUCCCGCCGGGACAGCAUUGAUUGGAGGAGGUUUAGUGCCAUCGAUGUGGAACGAGUGGCCCGGGAGCUGGACAUGACCACGCUUCAGGAGAGUAUCAACAGUGUCACCUUUUGCAACCUUGAUUCAGAGAAGUGCCCAUAUUGCCAGCAGCCGGUAGACCCAGUCCUCUUAAAGGUCUUUAAGAUGGCACAGCUGACCAUUGAGUACCUGCUGCACUCCCAGGAAUACCUGAGUGCCAGCCUGGCACUGCAGGAGGAGCAGCUCCAGUCAGCAAUGGAGAAGAUCAAGCUCACCAAGCAGGAGGUGGAGAAGCAGGCAGAGGAAAUGAGGGGAGUCAAGGAGGAGAGCAGGAGGCGAAAGAAGAUGAUCGCCACCCAGCAGCUUCUCUUGCAGGCUGGGGCCAAUAACUACCACAAGUGUCACCUGUGUGACAAGGCCUUCAUGAACUACUCCUUCCUCCAGGCCCACGUUCAGCGCAGACACGUCGAGGCCAGUGAAGCUGAGAGGCAGAAGAAGAAGCAGGUGGAGCAAAUGGAGGAGGAGAUUGAAGAGCUGAAGGUGAGGCUGAAAGAGACCCGAGCCCAGCUGGAGGCUGAAAGGGAGGUUGAGAAUCAACGAAGGGCUCAGGAAGCAGAGAAAGUUCACCAGAGAGAAGAGGAGGGAAAGAGAGAAUUUGAAAGAUGGAAAGAGGAGGAGAGGACCAAGUUUCAGAAGGAAAUGGAUGGCCUGAGGCAAUUGUUCCUCACGGAGUUCAAGGACAUUGCUAGCAAGAACUCUGCCUUAGAAGGGAAACUGCAGGAGCUGCAAGCCAAAAACCUGGUGGUGUCCAACCUGGGGACCCUGCGGGAUGAGGACACUGAUGGCAAGCGGCAGCGGGCAAUGACCCAGAGAGAGUUCCAGGGCAUGAGGGAAAAGAUAGACCUGCAGAAAGCAGAAUGGAAGAGGAAGCUGAAGGAGCUGCAGCAGGAACACCAGGUGGAAAAGGAGGAGUUGAAGAUUGAGAAUGAGAGACUCCAGGCCUCCCUGUCUCAGGACCAGAGGCUAGCUACUAGCCACUUCCAGCAGCAAAAGGACUUGCUCAGUGCUCGGCUCAAAGAGCAGGCCAGGAUCAUCCAGGCACAGGAAAAAACGAUCAAGAUGCUAUCGGCAAGGAAAGUUGAAGUAACCCAGGAAGUGACCAACGUAGAAGCACAAGAAGAAUCCUCUGAAGAAGAGCUGGAGGAUACACUGGAUAGGAAGCAGAGGCUCCUGGAAGCCCUGAGGAGGAAUCCAAACCUACUAAAGCAGUUUCGUCCCAUUCUGGAGGACAUGCUAGAGGAGAAGCUUGAGAGCAUGGGCGUGAGGAGGGCUGCAAAGGGGAUUCCAGCUCAGACCUAUAAAACUCUGAGAGAUCUGGUAAGGACUCAACAGCAACAGAAGGCCAAGAAGUUUCCACAUCUCCUCAGCUUGAGGGAGAAGUUAAUCCAAGAUGUCACCUGGAAAGUCAAGCAGCAGCAGAAGGAGGACGAUACUUUGCUGCAGCAAGUCUCUGUAAUUUCAGUUAAAAGCCCAAAGAGCCCUGUGUCACCUCACCAGGUCACAUCUUCCAAACCCAAAAUGCUACCAGCUGAGCUACAAGCCAACAUCUCAGAGACACCCAAUUUAACUCCUUGCGGCAAAGUCACCUACCCCCCCAGCUCAACAGAGACACCCAAAAUAACACCGCGAAACAAAGCCAGGGGUCCCACCAGCCCUCGCUGUGCUACCAUCCUACAAGCCAGCACCCCACCUUUUAGCUCUGAGGAGGAGUCUGUGGGGGACCACUCCAACCUUCCCCCAAUGAAGGUGAGACAUCCCAUGAACAUGCAGCAAGUGCAAACCCCUUCCAGAAUGACACAUCAUGAUGCGAGUGAAUCGGACUGGUCUGAUAUAGAGUCCUCAGAAGAAAAAGCCAGUCCAGUGAUGGUUCUUUCAGCUGGAACAACUCCUUCAGGGACACGGGUGGCUGCAAUAGCGAAGAACCUGGAGAGCACACUGAACAUGACAGCAAGGAAGCCUGCUGGUGGGGUGAAGCUCCUCCCAGCCCAGAGUACUGACUCUCCAAAAGCCAGUCAUUUGGCCAAGAAGCUUCAGUUUGUAGAUGAGGACAGUGAUUUGGAGAUCUCCUCCUUUGAAGAAAUCACUGAACAUCUGGAUGCCAUGAGUCAGACAAAGAUGCCACAGCAGCUGCCCCCUCAGGCUGCCGUGCGGCGCAGCGUGGAUUCAGCAGGAUCCCAGGCCACCAGCGUCUGGAGCUCCAGCAGCACAAAGACUAGAGGCUGGUGAUCCCCUUCUCUUGAUAGGAGGUAGAAAGCAAAGUUCGCUGAGCCAUGUUGUGGAGCUGACAAAGCAAAGCAACUGGUGGUAGAGCAAAAUGCUGACAUGGCUGGGGACGGUUUUAGUUGUUCUAAUAAAAUUACCACAUCCAGCCAAAGAACCUUGUCUGGGAAUGGUUAGAAAAUUUUCUUUGAAAACAAGGAAGGCGAAAUCACCACUGGAGGGCUCCAUACCCCAACAAAUUUGCAGGGGCGGCACUUAGCCUGGACUCAGGAGGCUGCCGGAAGCUCCACGGGUGUCAGCAAUAGUGGGCACAGGGUUUAGAUUGGAUCAAGCAAGUACAUUAUCCAAAGCAAACUCUAGAGCUUAAUGGAGCCCUGUCAAAUAAGCAGAAGGAGGCUGAUUCAGCACCUUGUGCUGUUAUCUGUAUGGGAAGUGUAACCUUUAUCCCAUCCAAGCAGUAGCAUUUUGCACCCUUGCUUUGGGCGUGUGUAAGAUAAGCAAAGUGAAGCCCCGCAGAGAAUCAGCCCAGUGGAGCCGUUAGCUGAAAAGUGUGGGAAACUCAUGCAGAUCUGUGGGAAUUGACAUCCCAGACUCUGCCCAAAGAUACGCAGUGAGGUUCUGCGGCAUUUCGUAGAGCCUCCGCAGCUACACCACAAGGACACAGUUGGGAGUGGUUAUAGUCAGCAGCAGUAUGGCUUGCAGCUGGGCCUCAUAAGGAGCACAGGGAUGCAGGCACCUUCAUUUGGUGAAGAGACUGUGAAGAGACCAGUCGCCUUUGCAGUCCUUCCCCUUCCCAGAGUGUAGGAGAUCGCUUCAGACUGAACAUAAGGAAAAACCUCUUUACAAGUCAAGUGCUGAGGGUCUGGAACAGGCUCCCUCCAGAGGUGGUACAGUCACCCACCCUGAUGAUCUUCAAAAAGCGUCUUGAUGUCCACCUUGCUGGAGUCAUCUGACCCCAGCCGUCUUUCCUGCCCAAGUGCAAGGGGGAUGGACCCAAUGAUCUUGUAAGUCCCUUCCAGCCACUAACAUCUAUGAAUCUGUUCUCAAGCUAUCUAGAAGAACAGAGACCCAGUGACACUACACAGUGUUCCCCUAGCACUACCUGGCGCAAUACAGCAGAGCCUACCGAUGGCCAUUCCUCAACACCACAAUCUGGACCACAUCUUUACUUUUUAGGGUCAGAAUGAAUGAAUACUGUAUACCAAUAUGCAAGUAAUAGACCAUCCCAUGCCAGUGCUAUCUCCUCACUCACCUGAGGAUAUUUUUCACAGUAGUUUCCCAAAGUCAUGAUGUAUUUCAGCAGAUGCCAAAGUGUUAACUAGGUUCCACUAUACAUAAUCCAGCUCCUUUGUUUAAAAAAAAAAAAUAACUGCAGCUGCCUUGUUUUGUUCUUCUAAUUCAGAGCAUUUUUCCUGCAAACCUCCAGAGUCUGUUCCUCCCAGGAAAAUAUUCACUGCUCAGCAUCUACACAAGACACUGACUGCGCAGUAGCAUCGCGUGACAUGAUGCUACCGCACAGCAUCACCAAAAAGCCAUUCGGGGAUGCUACUCUGCAGUAAUUCCAAUUACUGCACAGUCAUUUAGUACUGGUGUAUACAAGUAGUAAAUAACAGCACGGAAACAACUGCGCAGUCAGCAUCUCAUGUAGAUGCGGCCUAUGAGACCCAGUCAUCAAAGCCCUUUUAAUCAACUCUUUCAAACAGCUCUUUGGACUUUUAAAGAAGUUGAUCAUUCAGACUUUAAGAAAGUUAAAAGCAAAUUUCACUAUAUUUUCACUAUAUUUCAUGUUUGAGUCUAUGUUAUUUACUGUUCUAUUUUAUAGGGAAAAAAAUCUUUGAAGUUAAAAUGUUACAUAUCUGGUUCUUUAUGACCAUGGAUGUGUAGCAGAUUCUCAGUUUAGGAAAAUGGAAAUAUGAUUUAAAUCUAAAAUAAUAUCACUGAGCUUUCACCAAAAUUACAUGCCUAGUGUGUAGCCAACUGUCUCAAAACAUGUAACGCGUGAGUGCGUGUGUGUGUGCGCGCGCACACGCACGUACGCGCUUGUGCAUUUUUAACAUGGCUGUAUAUUUCACACAUCACUUUAAAAUCACACACUAAUUAAUGUCCCUGUUUUAAUGAAGAAUUGUAAAUUAUGUGUAUUAUUUAUUAUACCAGCAGUACCAUAGCUGUGCAAGAUACUUUACAGCUAAUUUAACAGUCAUUAUCCUUAUUGUUUGCUCAUGAUCACAAUGAUGUUAAAUACUUUGUUCAAUAAAACAUGCUUGUUUCAGUGA